AGUAGCCCGGGCUUUACCGGGGCUAGCCACUGGCUGCUCCUAGUGCUUUGGAGCCGCUCGUAACCGGGGCGAGGCAUGGAAAGGGCGCGCGCGUGGUUUAUAGUGGCAGCCGCGCUGGGAAUGGGAUCGAAGAGCCUGGGUUUAACAUGUCUGGAACACCCACAAAAUGUUACUGUCCAUGUUAUUAACGCACAUAUCACCUUGAAAUGGGACUGGGAUAAUCCAUGUGGCCUCAAUGUAACAUAUUCAGUAGAAUUCCAAAGUUAUUCCACAGGGACUGAAAUCUGGGCAGCUAUUCCUCAAUGUCAAAAAAUAACUGUCACAGAAUGUGAUCUUUCGUCAACAAUUCAAGAUUAUUUGGAGACUUACAAUGUGACUGUAAGAGUGGACACUGUGAAAAAUCACUCUCACUACACCUCUUUAGAAUUUAUUCCUUAUCUGGAAGCUCAAGUGGGUCCUCCAGAAGUUUGGUUUGAAUCAAUAUAUGGAGAUGUAAAAAUCAAUAUUUUACAACCUGAGACAGACCAACAAAAAAUGUGGCAGCUAGACAGAUUAACAUACGAGCUAACUAUCUGGAAAAAUGCAACCCAUCCAAAGGAAAGAAAACAAAAUAUUUUUCCAGGUACAAUCAUUUAUGAUCUUGAACCAGAAACUACUUACUGUUUGAAAGUUAAAGCAUGUGUGGCUGAUCACAGUUCUUUUUACAGUCCUGUGCACUGUAUGCAGACUUCUAAAGCUUGGAUUGGUCUGCCUCGUCCUGAAAAUCUUCAAAUUCAUAGCUUGAAUAUGAAGCAUCUCUUGUACUGGGAUAAUCUAUAUGAUGGAAAUGUGAGCUUCGUAGUACAGUUCCUUCACGGAUACAAACUGAACUAUUCUCCUGAUGUUUCAAAGGAUUGGAAAAAUGCAUCUGGAUGUGAAAACACCCUAACUACAUUUUGUGAUCUCUCAUCUUCCAUUGGCUCCAAUGGAAUUUACUAUCUCCGUGUGCAGGCAAUGAAUAGUCAUAACAAGUCACCUUGGUCUAAAAACCUAAAAUUUGUACCUAUACAACAAAAUAAAAUGGGCCCACCAAAUGUCUCAAUCAAUGCCAGUGAGAAUUCAAUUAAUGUUUUCAUCGCAUCUCCUGGAGAAUCUGAAAACAAUGCAAUGAGUGCAAUAUAUACGCUGACUUACCACGUUUGGUAUUGGACAGCUUCUUCAUUUGUGAAGAAAGAACUAAAAAAAAAACCAUCACAGUUUAUAAUCUCAAAUCUGACCACCUCAACAUUAUAUUGCUUACAAGUGCAAGCAUUUACUGAAGACUAUAAGAUACAUAGUGCCUUUAGCAAAGUAACUUGCAUUAAAACAGCAGAAGGAAAUCCUUCAUAUCAAGUCCCUGUAAUUACUGCAAGUGUCAUGGCUUUUAUAAUAUGUUUUAUCGGUGCUAUUUAUUGUGCUUGGAAAAAAGUCAAAUAUGCAUUCUUCCCUAAAUGUAAGCCUCCAACGAUCAUAGAGAGCAUUGGAGAAGAUGUGAACAGAUUGUAUUUGCUACCUGUAGAAGAGCAAACAGAUGAAUGUAUGGUCAUAAAUUCCAAUGCUGUUCCCGGUAAACUUAACCUGGAUGACUUCAAAUUUGAAAAAGAGUUGGAACAGAUCAGUCAAGACUCAGGAAACUAUUUUAUUGAUGACAUUAUCAUCUCUGGAGAUUAGGAAUCCCAUCAAACCUCAGAACUAAAAAUAGUAUAACUCUGCAAGAUAAUGGGCUAAAACAAGAUGAGGAAAGCAUCAUAAUGAGGAAAACUUGAUUAUAGAAAUAACUUUUAUUACCAUUAGACCACAAAGAACAAAGACCUGGUGCCUAAAAGUGGGCUGCAAGCUACCUCCUCUGACCAUGAUUUUGAGCUUUACGGCCUGCUGUUGGAAGAACUACUACAAGUGAAGAGCAAAUUUAAUUUGUUCUCUCCUCUUAAAGUGUUAUAGGAAAAUAUUUCAUUUUUAUUAUAACUGGUGCUGAAAUCAUGUUCCUCCGUGUGUGUGUGUAAAUACAAAGAAACAGUUUCAUUCUUACAGCAUUAACUGCAGUGAAUUCUGAAGGACCAAUAAUGAGCUAAGCCAGUCUAUAGGAAUUUCCAGAAGGACUAAAGGAAAAGCCUACUCAUAUUUUUAAAAGGAAGGAAGAAUGUCUGUGUGUAUCAAAUAUAUAUCUGUGGUGAUUAUGCUUUCCUUAUGCAGUUUGAUCACAAUGCCACUGGUACUUUCCAUGCAUCAUCAUCCAUUGUUAAUACAGUCUUAAGCAAGAUCAUUCUCUGACAUAAAGCAGUUCAUCAGGAUAAACUUAACAAGUAUUAGCAGUAGAUUACAAACUUUAUAAUCUGCAUCAGUUAUAGGCAGAGCUUAUAAAACCAGUUGCAUGUGUUGCCAAAAUAUCUUUCUUAUAACAUCCGGAACCACUUCCCAACUGUGCCUGCCAGCAGUACAGUUCCCUGCCAUUUUGAGGUGGAAAAUGCACACAACAGUAAUGCUUUUAAUGGGCUUAAUACAGUUUAAAACCCCAAAAGCUAUAUAUUCCAUCCAAAAACUGUGGAAAAAAUUGGAAAACCUUGGCCUUACCUAGGUGUCUAAAGUGGCACCAUUCACUGUGGCCCUCAGCCCCUUCCCCCAAAAUGAGGGUUCUCAGUUUUUGAUCUAGGUAAGUCCCUUGAAUGAAAGUUAAAGCAAAGGGCUGGUUGGUCUUGAUGCGAUUACUGUACCUAAUCUUUCAGUUAUUAUUUGUGUAAAUUGUAUUUUAUUGGUAACAAGGUAUUUCAUUAUUUUUUAUUUGUAUGAUCACCCAUUUUUCAAUGUAUUUCAGUUUUAAUCUGAAAAAUACAAGCUUCUAUUGAAUAGGAAAUGGCUGGGUGGCUUUUGGUGGUCAUUCUCUCUCAGCCCAACCUACUCUCACAGGGUUGUUGUGGGGAAAAUAAGAGGGGAGAGCAUUAUGUACACCAUGUUGACUUGUGUAAAGAAAGGUGGGAUAUAAAUCAAAUAAUUUUAGUUACAGUUAAAAGCACAGAUGUAGGAAUUUGAAACCUUAGUAUAUAAAAGAUAGUAAUGAAGUUUGUUUUAUAAGAGAGUCUAAGAACUUAAUUUGCUCUUCUCUAGGUUGGAAAAAAAAUCACUAACCAGCUAUCAGAAAUAUCAGAUUUAUUUUAAAAUAGCAGACAGUCCCAAGUUAAAGGUAAAGAGGGUGGGAAACAACAGUGUGUGUGUCAUAUUAUUUGUUACCAGCAAGGAAUCAGACUGUAACACUGAAUAAACUAUCAAUGUUUCUUGUUUUUUUUUUUUUAAGAGACUUGUGGCUGUUGAUAAUCUGUUUAUCAUUUCUCACAGAUUUACCCAUUGAACUUGGUGAUCUCAAUUAGAUAGCAUGGGAAGGAAAUAUUUACAAAUUACUAUGUCAGUUUCAUUUUAAGUACAAAAGUAAAUUAAGUCAUCUUAAUUUUGGGGAUAGGAUUUGUGCAAAAGUAGUAUUUAAAAAAAAACCCUAAACAGGUGUAUAUACAGUACUGUGCAAAAGUUUUA